AGUACUUUAUAAUUUCUUCUAAAUGCUAGUUUUUUUUUGCUUUGACCAUACACAUGUUUUCCAUGGUAUUUCACUAAACAUACCUUUGCUUGUAUGCUUCCAACCAAACGUGUUAUUUCCUUCAAACAGAAUCAUGUUUUUGCUUGAAGCUAUUUGCUGGUAAUUUGGUUGAUGUUUUGGUGAACUUAUGUAUGCAACAGUUUUUCGUCUUGCUGAUGUAGAUAAUGACCGCUUGUUGUGUUCCCGGUGAACAUCUUUCAAAUUUGUGAACUUUUUUCAUUCUUAUUUUUUUAAUUUCAUGGACUUUUUCUAACGUGCGAUUUUUUUGAAUUCGUGAACUUCUUCAAAUUCAAUAUUUGAGAAGUCAACGGUGAGUGGUCAAAGCCGAAGGGUCGACCGAGCGAAACAACAACCAUCGAGCGAGCUGAGCUAUCGAGCAGUCAGUCGCUCGUGCUUGAUGGGCUAGCCCAACAGACGAGGCGGGUGAGCGCCGGCUGGCCAGGUGGCGCAUAAAGCGCUGUAUAGGACCUCUCGCAAAAACCAGUCUCACGCUCAGACGCUCCGAUGACGAACUGAAUCCCCACGUCCUCCGAACCCGAUCCCCACACGCCGCCGCCAACAGAAUCCUCGCGUGGCCGUGGCGAAUACCUCAUCGGAGGACCUCCUGCUUGGAUCGGUGGAAACCGAGGGGCUCCGCCUCGCCAAUCCCGGCGGGGGUUUACCUCGACAGCGUCUGCGCGGACCUGUCCGACUUGGGAUUGCCGUCAGACAUGGGCCCUGAUCUGCGGGAGGAGGAGAAGACGGAGUCCUGUGUCAAGAACGGCGUACUUGUUGUGCAGAAUCACAAGCGUGUGGAACUGAGCGUGACGACGUCUAUCUAGAGGACAUGUUCGCAGAUCAUUGUGCCGUCAGCCGCCACUAUGAAUCUGAAUAUGACAUCUUUGGUGCCCGCCCGCUCACGGGCGAUCCACUUCUGUGGGAUGACAUCCGCUCAGAGAACAGCGACGAUUAUGUUGUGCAGGAGGAUUAUGAAUGCGCUAAGCUUGCAGGCGUGGAGACAAAUUGCCCAGGGAGAAACAUCCCGUUGCAGCUAGCGAGGAAAAUCGACAAGGCAUGGAUAAGGAGCAUCGUGGAACAGAACGAGAAAUACGACGCGCGGUGCCGGGAGAUUCUGCGCCAGGACGAGGGUGCUGAUCUCCCUCCUGCUCCUUUAGAUGUGUUCCCUGAGGCAACAGGUUUAUGCGUCCAAAGGGGUCGCUGCCACCACAUUGAAUACAGGACCCAUGAUACUUCCACCACUGAUUCAGAUCUUGGAUACGCCGAACCAGAAAUGAUGCUACAGAUAUUCUUUUUGCGCUUAUCAAGCUUCUCUGUGUCCUAUUCCUGCCCCAUCAGUAUAUAUGGAGUGUUCGCUGUUCGGGAUGUGGUGGAGCCACUGCGGAACCAUGUCUUCAACCGUUCCAGAGAUGACCCUGUCACGGUUGACCAGGAUCCGUUUACCUUGCCACUCUGUAGCCCUUGUCGAGGAAUGUACAUACCAUAUGACCUAGUAUUGCUAGAAGUUGAUCUUUGGAUAAAAAAGGAAGGGGAUGGGUCAGCCGACCAAAAAUUACUUUCCGCAUACCUUGAGCUGGAUGUCCGCACAGAACAGGAUGGGUUCAUAUAUGGUUUUAUCCCUGGGGACAAUGUCAGCUUGGAAAUAGACUGUGCCUGCCUUGCGCUGAGUGUUGAGGCAGUGAUCGAGGUCUCUGCAGAGGUUAGCAGUCCUUGCCAUGUGAGAUUCGUCGCUUUCAGCAGUGGCUAUGACAAUGAGAUUGUUCUCUUCGAUGGAAAGCUCACCGGGAAGAAGGUUUUCCAGCAUGUUGUUGCUGCGAAGACAGAGAGAGAAUUGAAGGUUCAGUUAGAGGUGGAGGAAUCAGUUUUCCAGUGGACUUUUGAGGGUGGAAAUGACGGAGUUCUUAGCUCCCCUGAUGACUCUAUGUUGAAGUACGGCCAAUUUGAUGUGGAGGUGUGUUUUUAUCCAACGACGGCCUAAGUCAACCGUCGUGAUUGGUUGAAAACAAGUUCGAUGCUAGAAUGUUUGUGUUUUAGGAAUUGAAUUUAAGUAGCAGUUGGAUUUCCUUUUGUCCCUCGUGACAAAACGGGCCGAAGUUUGGGUUUUAGCUUUUGUUUUAUGGCCCAGAUAUGCUGAACUGUGGCAGAAGUUUGAGAUAUGCAUGACUCUGGAGUGGUCCAGAACUCCAGAUAGGUCUGACUCGUAUGUUAAACAGCUAGGAACCUGAAAAUGUUGUAUAUACUUUGUGUUUCUUGGAAUUAUUAAUUUAUUAUAAUAUUUCGAGUC